AUGCUCUCGAGACAGAUCAUCUCCUUUGACAAAAGGUCACCAGAAACAGAAACAUCACAGACAGGGCGAAAGGGCGACUCCAACAGAACAAACCCCCUUCGUGCCAAGAGACGUCGCUUUAAACCCCCUCGUGCCAAAAGACGUCGCUGUCCUCCACGCGCAGCAUUAUCUCGACGCAGAUUUCGAGAGAUUAUUCCCAUCCGACCCAGGUUGUUCGCCAUCCUGGUCCUACUCAAACGUGAGGAGAUCUUGAAUGAGAUCCUCGAACACAUUCCAGAUGAUAGCUUUGUCUACAGCAAUGAAGAGGAUGUGCCACGGGGGAUUGGAACUCGAGACGAACGAGCGGAUUUCUUUGCCCGACAAUCCCAUUUCCCUCCUCCACUAACGCGCGACUUUCCCCCCGCAUAUUUCCGGCCACAUUUCGGCCUCCUUGGGUGGAACGGGCUGAUGAGUUUCGAAGACGGAAAUGAGUAUUUAGCGUGGAAGAGCAUUGAAACAAGUAUUUCAGAGACCACGAACAAAACUCGAGAAGAAGUCAAGACAUUGAAGAAUCGUCAACAUGAGCACAUCGUACCUUUGGUGGCUUGCUACGAGACACUGGCUCGAGACACACGGGGUCACACUCUCCAUAUCCUCUUCCCCUUGGCAGACCAGAACAUGGCCGACUGGAUUAGUCGUCGUCAAAUUAAUCUAGGACUUCCAGACGAGCCACUGCACCGGAAGGAACACUUGUAUGACAGUAUACUGUCAAUUCUCUCUGCACUUGCGUACCUCCACAGAGUCAUCGAUCAUACCUUCGCUUCUCAUCACGACCUCAAGCCUGAGAACAUACUGUUGUUCGGCAAGGUAUGGAAGAUCUGCGACUUUGGCAAGUCACAUAUUAGAACCCUUGAAGAGGGGUCCGAGACGAGCACUAAACACCUCGGGACUCUCAGAUACCAGCCACCGGAGUAUGAUAAUCCGAAUAUCAAGCAUGAGCGGGCUUUUGAUAUCUGGUCAAUGGGCUGCAUCAUAGUAGAGCUUGCAUUUCUCAUCGUCUAUGGGCGGGAGACUCAAGAAUGGGAGAAAUUUACAAUGGAGAUAGAGAACGGAAGUCGGCCGGUUGGAGACGACCGGAGAAGAGAUGAGUCGUUUCGUAGCAAUAUGCCAGUGGUGACAAAAUGGAUGAAGAAACUAACGCGCGAAGAUGGAAGCCGCAACUUCAUAUACCUGAUGGAUAGAGCAUCGGCAAUGCUGUCUCAAGAACGAGAGGCUCGACCAUAUUCUUGGGAAGUUGAGAUAUAUCUGCACGAGGCAUUCCACCCCAAUGAGAAAGGUAGCGAUCGCCGAGCCAGAAUUGAGAAACUUGUCCAACCACCACCGGCAAUUUUCCAUGGACAUAAUCCACUAGCGAGGGCGAUUUACGAGAACAAUUCGGACCUGAAGGAUUGCUUGCAGAAAAUUGGCUGGAGACUUGAUCUAUCCAAUGUGGCAGAUCCGUUUGAUGCUGAUUCAAUGAGUGGGGCUGCAGAUGUCGUGAGCCUGCUCGAAGACUUCAGGCCGUCCUCCAGCCAGAUAGCUCAGGCGUUUCUUCACGAACUGGGCAAGGUGGAGGACGAAGGAGAAAAACAUCGCCGUAAGGUUCUGGCUCAAGAAUUUGCCAAAAGGUUACCUCCAGCUCAACAUAACAUUUUUGAAAUCAGGGCCGUGCUAAAGCGGAAGUAUCCUGUGGACCUAAUGAGGAUACUGGCAGGUGAAGUGGAAGUGAAUCAUAUGGACGGUGAUACAAACACCGCCCUGACCUCGGCCGCCCGGGUGUGUGAUGUAGUAGCAGUCGAUGUUCUGCUCCGAUAUGAAGCCGAAGUCGAUCCAGUGAACGCCAUGUCUGAAACGCCUCUCAUGGUAGCCUCAAAAUUAGGCCACACUCCUGUGGUUCAAAGACUGUUGCAGGAGGAGCACAUGGGAAUCGGUUUCAGAGAUGAUGAUUAUCGAACCCCAUUGUCCUAUGCGGCACAGUUUGGACAUUACGAAGUUGUCCGCCUUUUGCUAGACAAAGGAGCUGACCCUAAUCUCAGUGACAAACAAGGCAGAACCCCUUUGUCAAUAGCCGCUGGAGAGGGAAAGAAAGAAAUCUUCGAGAAACUCCUAGAACGCCAGGAUAUUGGCAAACCACUGAUCAUAGAUCGAGACGGGAUGUCGCCUCUGACGCACGCUCUGGCCGAGGUAAAGCAUCGACAGUGGAAAGGAGCGUCAGAGGGGAUGUAUGACUAUAAAUCUUUCAGAAGGAAACUCGAGAAGCUGCGAGACUCGACUGAUGAGAAGAAAGUCGAGGAAAGGUUCCAGCAGAGGAACACGGAAGAUCCUCGAUAG